AUGAUAAGUAAUCUGAGAAGUUAGGAUAGUGUUUAAAUGUCUAUGAUGCAAUAGCCAUAUUCUUUCUAAAAUGUUUAUCAUAGCUUUGAUGGUAAUGAUUAGAGAAUAAAGGUAAAUUAAAAAUAAUAAUGUAGAUAAAUUAGCUCUAAAUUAUUUAACAUAAAUUCAUUAAGUGUCUAAACAAUCUCAUUAGACAUUAAAAUAAUAAAAAGAAAUCGAAUAUCAUUAUCUUGCCCAACCAAAAUAAUUAGCUAUAUGUAUAAAUGGCUUCUAAAAUAAUAGGUUAUCUUUUAGGACGAUAAAAUCUUAAGAAAAAUUAAAGUCCAAGAAUCUAAUGAUAGUACUUUCAUGUCAUUUCCUAGAAAUCAAUUUCCUCUUAUCUAAUGUAACAUUUAAAAAAAUGAAUAGAUUAACCUUAUCCUCAGUUUUAUGCGAAUUAUCCAUAAGAAUAGUAUCAAGCCUUGUAAUACUAAAUAACAAAUCCAAUCUUAUAAUCCUAAGAUAGAUUUUUAAGCUAACCAAAGCCAGUAUAAUCAAGUCAGCAUUUUCGAACUUCUGAUUUUUAGUUUUUUGGUUCUCAUGAUGAUUCUGAAUCUAUCGAACCUGAUUAAGCCGAAAAGGAUAGUAAAGAAUAAAAAAAUACUUAUUUUAAAUUAAAGAGUAAGAUCAAAAAAGGAAAAGUAAAUGAUACUAAAAAUAUCACUAAAAAUUUUUCUAAAGCAAUCAUUAGCUAUAUUAUAUAAAAUAAAGAUAUAGGAUUAAAAAUAAUGAAUUGUGAAUAAUUUGAAGAAUUUGUGAGUGUGUUAAAGGAUAAGAAGAAUCAAAUGACUAACAUUAAACAACUUAGAGAACUUUGGGUUGAAACUAAUUAAGAGAAAAGUCAACAAUUUAAUAAAGCAUUUCGAAUUUUUAGGUAAUAUAUAAUAUAAAAUAAUGUAUAGUGAAUAUUUUCUAAAACAAUAAUCAGUAUCCUACAUUUACAAUUCAAGAAUAGCAAACACCGGAUGGCAUCUAAAAUACAGAUAUAAUUUACUAAGAGCUCUUAAAGAACCAGAAAAUUUUAAAUAUAUAAAAGAUAUUUGA